AUGGUGUCCGGUGACGAUUCAAAUGGUGGCCGUUUGUCGCGUAAAACUACGAGGUCCCCGAACCGUAAGUCGAAGAAGACAGAUGCAGACCUAGCCAAGGGGUCAGCGUUGCGACAUGAUUCGCAACCUUCAGUCCAUAAAAGGAAUCUUUACGUCGUUUCUUUCCCAAUUAUUAUUUUAUUUAACGUGCUAAGAUCAAUUUUGUAUCAACUUUUUAUAAUUUUUAAAUAUUUGUAUACGGCGUCUCAUCGGUUUAUGCACAAGCCUCGUAAGGCAGGCGAGUGUAACUUGGAAGUGGUAGUGAAGGACGGUAUAGUGUCUACAGAGCUAGCCCCCAGUGAAGAAAUGUCUCACAUACACAAUGUGGGUCCCGGAGACCCGUUGCUGGCCAAACAGAAACACCAUCACCGGAAGGCUUUUGAGUAUAUCUCCAAAGCUUUAAAAAUUGAUGAAGAAAAUGAGGGCCAAAAAGAAUUAGCAAUAGAGCUUUACAAAAAAGGCAUUUAUGAGUUGGAACGAGGGAUCGCCGUAGACUGCUGGGGCGGCCGCGGCGACGCCUGGCAGAGAGCACAACGACUCCACGACAAAAUGAAAACUAAUCUAGGCAUGGCCAAGGACCGACUGCACUUCCUUGCCAACCUAGUCGCCCUCAGUAAGUUGGGCGUAGAGAGUGAGCCCGAACGGAGUGACAAAAAGCCGACGGAGUCGCCCCUAAAGGCGCGACGGCUUGAGAAGUCGAAGACAACGUUACUCGCGCAUACAGAAAGUAACAGUGGUCAAACGAAGCCUCCGAACGAAGUCGCAGGUCGAAAGCUCACGACGGCUGGUCGUCGUGUGCCAAGUGGGGGAGGUGGGGGUCCUUUAAUGAAGUCACAGACCCUCCCCCGUUCCAUGGGCAGGUCAUCAUCACAGCCCAACAGCUCUAAUGGAAGUUACAGCAGAUAUCCAGUGAAACCAGCUUCCACACCGCCCGCUGUCAAACGACAGCUUUCUGGCGCAUACCAGGUACCUUCGAACGGGUCCCCAGUACGCCGCGUGGUGGGAGGCGGGUCGCAGCGCGGGACCCCCACAAGGAGCAGAACACCCCAACCGACACUCAGCGUGAGAGGAGUUGACCCCAAACUCGUUCAGCUGAUCCUGGACGAGAUUGUUGAAGGGGGUCCCAAAGUACACUGGGAGGAUAUCGCAGGACAAGAUGCCGCUAAGCAAGCAUUACAAGAGAUGGUAGUGCUGCCUUCAUUGAGGCCGGAGCUCUUCACUGGACUCAGGUCCCCUGCGAGAGGACUCUUGCUGUUCGGACCACCAGGAAACGGUAAAACGCUGCUAGCGCGGUGCGUAGCGGCAGAAUGCUCGGCGACAUUCUUCUCGAUAUCCGCGGCGACGUUGACCAGCAAGUACGUCGGCGAGGGGGAGAAGAUGGUGCGAGCGCUCUUCCAGGUCGCCAGGGAACUGCAGCCGUCGAUAAUCUUCGUAGAUGAAGUGGAUUCGCUUCUAUGCGAGAGAUCGUCGGGCGAGCACGAAGCGUCCCGGCGGCUGAAAACUGAAUUCCUGGUGGAAUUCGACGGACUCCCGGCUGCGGGAGCUGACAGGCUCAUUGUGAUGGCCGCCACUAAUCGACCGCAGGAACUCGAUGAGGCGGCGUUAAGACGUUUUCCAAAACGCGUAUACGUGUGUUUACCGGACGUGCGCACCCGUAUGUCGUUGAUCCGGCGCGUGCUGGCGCGGGGCGCGGCCGCCGCCUCCGUCAGUGACGAGGAACUGGCGCGCCUCGCCGCGCUCACUGACGGGUACUCCGGCAGUGACCUCACGGCACUCUGCCGGGACGCCGCGCUAGGACCCAUUAGAGAACUGGACCCUGAAGAGGUGAAGUGUCUGGAUCUCUCGCUGGUCCGCAGCAUCACGUUCCAGGACUUCAUGGACGCGCUGAAGAGAAUCAGACCGUCAGUGUCACCACACAGCCUAGUCGCGUACGAGAAGUGGUCGGUCCAGUACGGGGACCUCGGACUGUGA